ACGCAGCAGCGCAGCGCACAGAUUACACAGUUAGCAGGAGUCCCGAGCCCAACCAUGUCGAAGCUAAGCGCCCUGUUCGUGCUCAGCUGCCUGCUGGCCCUGGCCAUGGCCCUGCCGGAGGCCCGCCUACAGCAGCGCCAACUAUUGCGCCAGCAGCAGAAGCUGCAGCAUCCAUAUCUGUUCUUCAGCGUGCCGCGGGGACGCGCCAAUGCCGGCGCCGUGGUGCAGGGCUUUGAGGUCGUUGAGGAUCUCGACGAGCUGGAGAACGACGAUGAUGACGACGAUGCCGAUGAGGGCAGCAGCAGCCUGCCGCUGCGACGGCUGCAGCACAACUUUGCCGACGACGAUGACGACGAUGAUGAUCAGAUGAUGGAUGAUGAUGAUGAUGAUGAUGACAAUGUUGAUGUGCUGCCGCCCACGCAGAUGAUGGUGGCCAGGGACCAGGCCGGCGCCAUCAUGGUGCCCGACGGCAUCAUCGAGAUCGAGGGCCAGAGCGUUGUCGACGAGAAAACCGGCAAGGCGGCCCUCCUGGUGCCGCGCGCCGCCCUCGACGCCAUUCCCGAUGGCGCCGUCGUCGCCCUGAUGGAGCGCUCGGCCAGCGACUCGAGCGUCGGCGAGGAGCGCGCCAAUCGCGUCAUUGUGCGCCGCCGCAAGAACGCCGGACGCCGCAAUGUCCGGCGUCGCCGUCGCGGCGGCCGUCCAGUCCGCCGUCGCGCCGGCGGCCGUCGCCGUCGCGGCAACCGUCGCAACGUCCGCGUCAUCCGGCCCGGCGGCAACCGGCGACGGGGCAACCAGCGUCGUCGCGUCGCCCUCCAGGGCUAA